AAGUGUCCAAAUGGACAGCUGGACAUGUUCCUCCGCUUCCUCCUGGGUCUUUCUCUGGAAACCAAUCAGAAGCAUUUACAAGACCUGCUGACAAAAAUAAAAACAAUUUCAGAGAACAAACAGGAAACAGUCCAGUACAUCAAGAAGAAGAUCAAUGAGAACCUGCCUACAGAGCAAAGCAUCAACCUGUUCCACUGUCUGAAUGAGCUGAAUGAUCACUCUCUAGUGAAUGAGAUCCAAGAAUCUCUGAGUUCAGGACGUCUCUCUAGAGAACGUCUGUCUCCUGCUCAGUGGUCAGCUCUGGUCUUCAUCCUAAUGUCAUCAGAAAAAGAUCUGGAAGAGUUUCACCUGAAGAAAUACGGUAGUUCAGAGGAAGCUCUGCUGAGGCUGCAGCCAGUUAUCAAAGUUUCUAAGAAAGCUUUUAUUAUCUUUUUUAGGCUUUGGAGAUGUAAACUCUCCACAGGAAGCUGUGAAGCUCUGGCCUCCGUCAUCAGAUCUCCAUCAUGUCAUCUGAAAGAGUUAAACCUGAGUGAGAAUGACCUGCAGGAUUCAGGAGUGAAGCUGUUGUCUGAGGGGCUCCACAGUCCAGAUUGUAAAUUGGAGACUCUAAAACUGUGGGGAUGUAAACUUUCCGCAGGAAGCUGUGAAGUUCUUUCCUCCGUCCUCAAAUCUCUAUCGUGUCAUCUGAAAGAGUUAAACCUGAGUGAGAACGACCUGCAGGACUCAGGAGUGAAGCUGUUGUCUGAGGGGCUGCAGAGUCCAGACUGUAAACUGGAGACUCUUGGGUUAUCAACCUGCAGCUUGUCAAAGAUCAGCUGUGAGGUUCUGGCUGCAGCUUUGAAGUCCAACCCAUCCCAUCUGAAAGGACUUGAUCUGUGGAAUAACGGCUUGAAAGACUCAGAUGUGAAGCAGCUGUCUGACCUGCAGAAGAGUCCAGACUGCAGCCUGAAGAAUCUGUGGUCAGUGGAUUGA